AGAGAGAGAGAGAGAGAGAGAGAGAGAGAGGAGAGAGAGACAGAUUAGUGAACCGAAGCUGAAAAAAGAGGCAGAAUUUGUGUCUCCGGUUUUCUCUGUAUUUAUUAGAUUUCUUCUCACUUCUCACUUUUUUCCUCCAGUUGGAUGUAAAUCAAUGAAUUGAUUAAUCGAUCUGCAGAUGCAUCAAAAGAAGCAAAGUGGAAUAAAUAGAAAUGGAUGUGAUCGUGUUUGAAAUGCGGAGAAGUUGUUUGUGAAUCAGAAGAAGAAGAAGCUGAUGAGGAGCAAACCGACAGGAAAGUGAUCAAACUGCGGAUCGAUUAAAGAUGAUUCUCGGUGUUUGGAGCUGAGCGCUAACAGCAGCGGAGAUGUACGAGGAGAGAAGACAAAGUGCUGGUCGUAAUGGCUACACCAAUGCAAUGGAUGGGGAGGAGGGAGGAAGUGAGGGUGAAGAAGAGGAGGAGGGAGGAGAAGGGGACAGAGGCGGAGAAGGAGAAGGAGAAGGAGGAGGAGGAGAGGAGAGGGACGCGGAGUUGGAUGAAGAGCUGGACGGAGAGGACGACGGAGGAGUGAGGAUGACAAGAACCGACACGCUUCAUUCGACCACAAGUUCGACCGGAACACAGAGAAGGAGAGGACAACACGCUAAGAAACAGGUCCAGGGCAGUAAUCAGGUCCAGCGAGCUCCCAGAGCGUUAUUCUGUCUGAAACUCAACAAUCCAAUCAGACGAGCCGCUCUCUCUAUCGUUGAGUGGAAGCCGUUUGAUAUCUUCAUUCUGUUAGCCAUCUUUGCUAACUGUGUCGCUCUGGGAGUUUCUAAACCGUUUCCUGAGGAUGACUCCAACUCCACCAACCACGACCUGGAACAAGUGGAGUACGUCUUCCUCAUCAUCUUCACUGUGGAGACCUUCCUGAAGAUCCUGGCCUACGGUCUGGUGAUGCACCCCAGCUCCUACAUCCGCAAUGGCUGGAACCUGCUCGACUUUGUCAUCGUCAUCGUCGGGUUGUUCAGCGUCGUCUUGGAGACAAUGACUCAUAAAUCUGGUGAGCAGGCGACCACUCAUCAUGUGCCGGGGAAACCUGGAGGUCUGGAUGUCAAGGCUCUGAGAGCCUUCAGAGUCCUGAGGCCCCUCAGACUGGUUUCUGGAGUCCCCAGUCUGCAGAUUGUGUUGAACUCCAUCAUGAAGGCGAUGGUUCCUCUGCUCCACAUCGCUCUGCUGGUUCUCUUCGUCAUCAUCAUCUAUGCCAUCAUCGGUCUGGAGCUCUUCAUAGGACGCAUGCACAAGACCUGCUACUACAUAGGAGCAGAUAAUUAUGUGGAGGACGACCCGGUGCCGUGUGCGUUUGCCGGUCACGGCCGUCAGUGCGUCAUUAACGGCACAGAGUGUCGGGGGAGGUGGGACGGUCCCAAUGGAGGAAUCACCAACUUCGACAACUUCUUCUUCGCCAUGUUGACCGUGUUCCAGUGCAUCACUAUGGAGGGAUGGACCGACGUACUCUACUGGAUGAAUGAUGCCAUUGGGUUCGAGCUGCCCUGGGUUUAUUUUGUCAGUCUGGUGAUUUUUGGAUCGUUCUUCGUUCUCAACCUGGUUCUGGGAGUCCUCAGCGGAGAGUUCAGUAAGGAGAGGGAGAAGGCGAAGGCUCGGGGAGAUUUCCAGAAGCUGAGGGAGAAGCAGCAGAUGGAGGAGGAUCUGUGUGGAUACAUGGAUUGGAUCACUCAGGCUGAGGACAUGGACGAACUGGACGAGGACGGAAACCCACGUCCGUCACUGGGCGAUCUGUCAGACAAGAAGAGAGGGAAGUUCGGAUGGUUCAGUCACUCCAACGAAACGCACGCGAGUCUUCCUGCCAGUGAAACAGCAUCUGAAAACACUGUGAACAUCGACGAGGAACACACCAACUGCUGCCAGGCCUGCUGCUCACGGAUGAUGAAGAUCGGCUGCUGUCGGACGCUGCGGCGGUGGAACCGAGUCUGUCGCAGGAACUGUCGCACUGCCGUCAAAUCGGUGACGUUCUAUUGGCUGGUUCUGCUGCUCGUCUUCCUCAACACCUCCCUCAGUGCCUCCGAGCACUACAACCAACCUGAUUGGCUGACACAAGUCCAAGACAUCGCCAACAAGGUGCUGCUGUCUCUGUUCACGGUGGAGAUGCUGCUGAAGAUGUACAGUCUGGGUUUGGCUCAUUACUUCGUGGCGUUCUUUAACCGCUUCGACUGCUUCGUGGUGUGCGGAGGCAUCGUGGAGACCAUCCUGGUGGAGCUGGAGAUCAUGCCUCCUCUGGGGAUCUCCGUGCUGCGCUGCGUCCGCCUGCUGAGGAUCUUCAAGGUCACACGCCAUUGGACGGCUCUGUCCAAUCUGGUGGCGUCCCUGCUGAACUCCAUGAAGUCCAUCGCCUCCCUGCUGCUCCUCCUCUUCCUCUUCCUCAUCAUCUUCGCUCUGCUCGGCAUGCAGCUGUUCGGAGGGAAGUUCAACUUCGACGAGACGCAGACCAAACGCAGCACCUUCGACGCCUUCCCUCAGGCGCUGCUCACCUGCUUCCAGAUCCUGACAGGUGAGGACUGGAACGUGGUGAUGUAUGAUGGCAUCAUGGCGUACGGAGGCCCCGUGUUCCCAGGGAUGAUCGUCUGCGUUUACUUCGUCAUCCUCUUCAUCUGCGGUAACUACAUCCUGCUGAACGUCUUCUUGGCCAUCGCUGUGGACAACCUGGCCGGAGGAGACGGAGACGACAAGAAGAAAGAUAAGAAGACAGAGGGAGCAGAGGAGGAGGAGGUUGAAGAAGAAGAAGAAGAAGAAGUGAAGGUGGACAUCGACGAAGACACCGAGUACGAGGAGGAAGAGGAGCUUCCUGAAGGAGAAGACGACGGAGGCGUUCAGUUGAAGAUGGCCGACCUGGCUCCUCCUAAAGAGAAGGUUCUUCCAAUCCCAGAAGGCAGUGCGUUCUUCUGCCUCAGCAACACAAACCCUAUCCGUGUGGCCUGUCACACUCUGAUCCACCACCACAUCUUCACCAACCUCAUCCUCGUCUUCAUCAUCCUUAGCAGCUGCUCAUUGGCUGCUGAGGAUCCAAUCAGAGCCCACUCCUUCAGGAACAACAUUCUGGGUUAUGCAGACUACGCCUUCACCUCCAUCUUCACUGUGGAGAUUCUGUUAAAGAUGACGGUCCACGGAGCGUUCCUCCAUCAGGGCUCCUUCUGCAGAAACUGGUUUAACUUGCUGGAUCUGCUGGUCGUCAGCGUCUCACUGGUCUCCUUCUUCCUUCACUCCAGUGCAAUCUCUGUGGUGAAGAUCCUCCGAGUCCUCCGGGUGCUCCGACCUCUGAGGGCCAUCAACAGAGCCAAAGGACUCAAGCAUGUGGUCCAGUGUGUGUUUGUGGCCAUCAGGACGAUCGGGAACAUCAUGAUCGUCACGACUCUGCUGCAGUUCAUGUUCGCCUGCAUCGGAGUCCAGCUGUUCAAGGGUAAAUUUUAUCGCUGCACAGACGAAGCCAAACACACGCCCGAACAGUGCAAAGGGACCUUCGUGGUGUAUAAAGAUGGCGAUGUGAACCAUCCGAUGGUCAGAGAGCGGAUCUGGCAGAACAGCGACUUUAACUUUGACAACGUGUUGAUGGGGAUGAUGGCGCUCUUCACCGUCUCCACCUUCGAGGGCUGGCCCGCUCUGCUGUAUAAAGCCAUCGACGCCAACGGCGAGAACUCCGGUCCCAUCUACAACUACCGAGUGGAGAUCUCCAUCUUCUUCAUCGUCUACAUCAUCAUCAUCGCCUUCUUCAUGAUGAACAUCUUCGUGGGUUUCGUCAUCAUCACCUUCAGAGAGCAGGGAGAGCAGGAGUACAAGAACUGCGAGCUGGAUAAGAACCAGCGUCAGUGUGUGGAGUACGCUCUGAAGGCUCAGCCACUGAAGCUCUACAUCCCAAAGAAUCCGGUUCAGUAUAAGUUCUGGUCCAUCAUCAACUCGACGGGAUUCGAAUACGUCAUGUUCGUCCUCAUCCUGCUCAACACCGUCACUCUGGCCGUUCAGCACUACGAACAGUCUAAACUCUUCAGCCACAUCAUGGACAUCCUCAACAUGGUGUUCACUGGACUCUUCACUGUGGAGAUGCUGCUGAAGCUGCUCGCUCUCAGACUCAGGCAUUACUUCGUAGACGCCUGGAACUCGUUCGACGCUCUGAUCGUGGUCGGCAGCGUCGUGGACAUCGUCGUCACCGAGUUCAGCAGUGGGGAGGACAGCUCUCGGGUGUCGAUCACCUUCUUCCGUCUGUUUCGAGUGAUGCGAUUGGUCAAGCUUCUGAGUAAAGGGGAGGGGAUUCGUACGCUGCUGUGGACUUUCAUCAAAUCACUGCAGGCUCUGCCGUACGUCGCUCUGCUCAUCGCCAUGAUCUUCUUCAUCUACGCUGUCAUUGGGAUGCAGACGUUUGGGAAGGUAGCGAUGCAGGAUCACACUCAGAUCAACAGAAACAACAACUUCCAGACUUUUCCUCAAGCUGUUCUCCUCCUCUUCAGGUGUGCUACAGGUGAGGCGUGGCAGGAGAUCAUGUUGGCCAGUCUUCCAGGUAAACGCUGUGACCCCGAGUCGGACUACGAACCAGGAGAAGAGUUCAGCUGCGGCAGCAACUUCGCCAUCGUUUAUUUCAUCAGCUUCUUCAUGCUGUGUGCUUUUCUGAUCAUUAACCUGUUCGUCGCCGUCAUCAUGGACAACUUUGACUACCUGACACGUGAUUGGUCGAUUCUGGGACCGCAUCAUCUGGACGAGUUCAAGAGGAUCUGGUCUGAAUAUGAUCCAGAGGCCAAAGGUCGUAUAAAACACCUGGACGUUGUGGCUCUGCUCAGGAGGAUUCAGCCUCCUCUGGGUUUUGGGAAACUCUGUCCUCACAGAGUGGCCUGUAAGCGUCUGGUGGCGAUGAACAUGCCUCUGAACGCUGACGGGAUGGUGACCUUUAACGCCACGCUCUUCGCUCUGGUUCGCACCGCCCUCAAGAUCAAGACUGAAGGUAACCCUGACCAGGAGAACGAGGAGCUGAGGGUGAUCAUCAAGAAGAUCUGGAAGAGAAUGAAACCAAAACUACUGGAUGAAGUAAUACCACCACAUGAAGAGGAGGAAGUGACAGUCGGGAAGUUUUAUGCAACCUUCCUGAUCCAGGAUUACUUCAGGAAGUUCAGGAAGAGGAAAGAGAAAGGAGAUCUGACCGGAGAGUCUGACGCCACCAACCCGUCUGCUGUCCAGCUGUGUAAAGCCGGUCUGAAGACCCUGCAGGAUCUGGGUCCAGAGAUGCGUCUGGCUCUGAACGAGGACAUGGUGGAGGAUGAGGAGGAGGUCAUGAUGGAGGACGAAGAGCUGGAGGAGAUCGCUGCUUAUAAGGGUGAAAAUGGUUUCGGACCAGAGAAAGAUCGACGAGGCUCCAUACUGACCACGCCCACAGGUCCCGGUGGUGUUGUCGGGGACGGCGGUGUGUCUAACGGAGGUCUGAUCCACCGGGUCGGUUCAAUCACCAAGAUGCCGAUCGGCAGCGAACACGACGAACAUCUUCGCCGUGGAGACAACACGAGGUCAUCUGUCAAUCAUCACCAUCACCGCCGCCCGUCAGUGAAGAACGGCGUGCUGGACCACGCCCACAAGAGACCGUCAUACCACAAACAUGGAAGGAGGGACUCGAGGGACAGAUACUGGAGGAACGGAGACAUGGAGGCGUAUGGAGAGCAGGGUUACUACAGCAGAGAGGAAGACAACGACAGCAUCACCUCCAGAGACAGACAUUACCCCGACGAGCCUCCUCUGUACAGAGACCACUACGAUGGCCACGCCCCCUACACCAACAGUAGCUACGGUAACGGAUACAACGAGGGCAGGAGGACGACCCGGAGACGCCUACUUCCUGCCACGCCCACAGGUCGGAAGCCAUCGUUUAACAUCCAGUGUCUGAGGAGGCAGGGCAGCAGCGACGACCUGCCAAUCCCCGGGACGUACCACCCGACCUCGCCUCCACGCCGCACACGCACACAGACCUUCAGCAGUUAUGAGUCUCGUCAGUCCUCCGGUCGCCCCUCGGUGGCCUCCUCGGCGGCCUGGGCAAACCCGUGUCCUCGCCGCGGUCGCCUCCUCUACGCUCCUCUCAUCCUGGUGGAGGAGGAAGGCAGCCCACCCUGGGGGGAGGGAGGAGGAGGAGGAGGAGAGGGGAAGAAGGGAGGAGAAGGAAGAGGUAAGGACACUGGACACAACCUGAGCGUGACGGGUGCAGCACCCAGACCGGCCUGGUACGGUGGCCCCGCAGGGACCUCAGCUCCUCCUCCGUACAGAGCGUACACCACCCUCAGAGUUCCCUCGCAGCUUGGCGCUCAGCUCACCGAGAAACGCGGAUCAGCCGACAGUCUGGUGGAGGCGGUUUUGAUCUCGGAGGGUCUCGGUCUUUACGCUCGGGAUCCGAAGUUCGUGGCGUUUGCGAAGCGGGAGAUCGCCGACGCGUGUCACAUGACGGUGGAUGAGAUGGAGUCGGCUGCCAGCGACCUGCUGGGCACGGGGAGCCAUGGUAUCCUUGGCAACGCCACCGCCGACCCCGCCGCGCUCUACAGUGACGAGGAGCCAAUCAGGAUGGGCCGCGACGAGGACGAGCUGGCAGACGAGAUGACCUGUGUGACAUCAUUCUGACGGACUGACGCUCUGGACCAAUUAGGGAUAAGACUGAGAUUGGCAUCAGUGAUUGACAGGACAUUUGACCAAUCAGGCGCAAGACAUAGAGGAAGGUGGGGUUUAACCAAGUAACAUUGACUGAUUUUUGACUGAUGGGAAUAUAAAGGUUAACGGUCAUCAUGGAGGUAAAUUUAGUCGUUUUAAGGACAGAUUUUAGAUGAGAGAGGAAGGUAGGAAAGGAAGCAAAGAUGGCAGAAACCGUAAAAGAAAGGAGUGCAGAAUGUUGGGUUGAAGAAAGGACAAAGAAGAAAAAAUGGAAGAAGUGAGAAAACAAUUGAGCGACAAAGGAUAAAAAAAUUUAAGGAAAGAGGUUCAGGAGGAAAGGAAGGAAGAAGAUAAUAGGUUGAAAGACAAAGGAUAA